CACCCCUAUUCAUCCCACAUCUGCCAGUUUGCAAUGUUCCCAUCCUUCCGCUCCCCAGAUGACCAUGAAACAGGAGUAAGAGCUGCCUCUCAACAUGUCCUCAACCCCCUCAUCCCAAAUAACGCACCGACCGUCACUGUGCUAAGAAAAACUAAAGGUGGUCCAUACAGACAUGAGGUCUUGGAGAAACCCAUGACAAACAUGAAGAAAGCUGUUAGGUGGACUGGAGAACACGGCUUCUUAGAUCAGACAAAGUCAUCGAAAGGAGAGAAACAGAUAUUCUAUCCGACUCCUCCAAAGACGAUGCUGCCAAAUCCUAAACUUCGUGACUGGGAAUUGUCGUUAUCUGAGCGGACAAGCAACAUGCUGAAGAAUUUGGAGCGGACUCAAUGGGUAACCACCUACCAAAUGAACCACACAGGAUCUGGGCCAGCAAAUCCACUCAUGAUAGAUGACUUCAAAGAAAGAAUCAGUGUCAUUACAGGGAUAAAUACACCACUGAGAGAAAGGUCUUUUCCCGUGUUUGUUCCCUCUACACCUCGAGGAGGAUGGAGAAAAAGGCAGCAGGGGAGCACCUGCAGUCGUACUGCUCAUGAAUUCCCAAAUCGAUCUCAAGCUCUGAACCACGACUCUCCUUCAGCUGCUAUAAACCAACAUAGGCAACAAGAGAUCCCAGAGAAGUAUAACGAGGCACAAGAUCCAAACCCAAAGUCUCAUAAUCAACCAAAGUACAGUUCUGGCUCCACAGAAGUACAGAGCGCUGAGUCAUCCAAGGAGGUCUUACAUAGACAACACACUGAGAGCAAAAGAUCUCUGGAUGAAGGCAGGGAGGGAGAAAUUCAAUUAUCCAUGUCACAAAUCAGCCAAGAGGCUAACACUGCCCGGAUCUCCGGUACAAAGCAACUCCUAGACAUGUACACUUCCCCUGUUUCCCAGAAAGAGAUGGAGGUCACCCGGGAGAAGAGCCUGACCGAGCAGUGUGGAGGAAAUCUUUCUACCAUUAGUGGGUCAUCUGUGGCCAAAGAGAUGGCAGGUAUUGAAUCAAAUGCUAAGUUACCAUCAAGGGCAUCUUCAGAGCAGGAGAUGCUGGCAAAGGGCAGAGAGCUCCCAGGCCGUAUGUCCAACCCCUGCAUCCUGCCAAGGCCGCCUGUCCUGCCUGGCAGUGGUGGCAUUGUGGGUAAAGAAGGCGGAGCUAUCUGCCUCCGGGACCUUCAGAAUAAAUUCAGUAAAUCAAAGGCCCAUCGUGACUUUAAUUGCUCCAUAACUCAUGCUGCUGUGAACCUGAGGGACAAUGUUGUCAAGGGGAAGAAACAUGACUUCUACGGGAUCAACUGUUUCUACCUGCGUGGAUAAUACUGGACAUUAAUGUUGUUUACAUCUGCUAGCAAAUAAUAGUUGUAAUGAUUUUAAGCUGAGAAGUAAACUACUAUCUAAAAUGUGACUAAUAUACUCAAUGUUGAAAUGUAAUGACUACAUAUCUUAUAAUAUUAACUAUUUUAUUUUUCAAUUUAAAAAAAAGUUAAACUUUUUUAAAUCCUCAUAAGCUCAUCAUAAAAUAGUUUGUGAUUCACAUUAAUUUCUUGAGCAACUUUACAGACUGUUAAUUUGAUUAAUUGCUUAAUCAUUUGUAAGUUAACAGGCUAUGUGCAGUAUAUUUUUAAUUCACUCUUUGGUUCUAAGCAUUCAAUUAGCAAGAUUCAUAAGAGCUCAGUAUGUAUAGAAUAACCCUCUUAUAAAAGGCUCCCUUCAGCCCAAGCUGGUUUAGGGUGAAAAUAAAAGAAAAACGUCCUUCAAAGCUCACUUCUGUGUGAAAGGGAAAGAAAAGCCUUUUUCAAUGUAACCUCUUGACUCUGCAAAAUGAUUUUUGUCACAGAAAGUCCUUGAGCAGCAAGCCAGCAACCGUGUGUGAUAAAGCAGCCUCUCAUUCAGGCGUUUGGAACCAUUUAACAAGAGAAUGGCUUUCAGAGCUAAAUAGACCAGUGUAAUUACUGUAGACAUUGUAGAUCUAGUUGCAAUGCAAUUUAUAACCAACAUAAGAUUAGUGGUGAUGGUUAUUGUUGUUUUUGUCCUUUUUUGCUAUUGUGCAUACAAAUAAACUUGCACUUUUUAAUCACAAGCUGCACAUAUGUUCCAUUUAAUGUAGAUUUCCUUUUACCACAUGCCUAUUUUUAUGCCAUGAGGACACCU